UUGGUGAGUUCAGGGAACUUCUGUGGGACUAACGUUUAACAUGAGCAAUCCCUUAAUUUUUCAGUCGAAACCGAAACAUCCCAAAACCCCCAAAAAGCUCCAAGAAACCGCGGAGCAAAAGCGUCAACGCGUCGACAAAGCUAAAAAACAAUCUCAACAUGAGUGCUCAAUUUGCCUGGGCUCUGCAGAAUUUGCAGUUGUCACCGAUUGCGGGCAUGUCUUCUGCUGUCGAUGUAUUAUUGAAUAUUGGCAGCAUAGUAAACCGAUUGUGAAGCCGGUGGAUUGUGCGAUUUGUAGAACUGAGGUUGAGGUUUUUCUAAAAAGAUAUAUCUAGGCGAAGCUUUUUUCCAGAUUUUUGAACUCAACCCUCUGAAAUUUGUCGAAGAUCAUGAUUUGCUUUGGGAAAGCAAUCAGAAAAUCAACGACUAUAAUCGAAGAUUCUCGAAGAACCGGAAAAUUAUCGAUUAUCUUCGAGAUUUCCCAAUCUGGGCGCCUUAUUUGAUCCGACAAUUUUUGAAAAACGACACGCUCACUUUAAUGUUCCAGUAAGUCCUAUUCCUGUAGAAAUCAAAGUCAUCCCGCGAAAAAUAAGGACAUUGUUGUUACAGUUUCCGAGUCUUCAUUCUCUUCGUGAUCUUGUUUAUAUCAAGCUGGUUGGCAGAAAACGAGAUCAUCUCCUUGUUUUAUGAUUGUGUGGGAUAUUUCGACAAUUUUCUUGGUGCUUUCAUUUUCUUCCGCUAUUUGAGAAGUUAUUUGAAUCGACGAGAAGCUGGAAGAGUUAUUAACCUUGAUCAAAUCUGA